AUAACGUCGAGGAAACGUCCAUUCCACAACUUCCGAGGCGAGCCAUGCAACCCACGCCGCCGCAAGAGCCCGUCGCGACGAGCGCGCUGAAGGACGUCAUGUCGACAGAGCUCAAGAACAAGCCUCUGUCACCGUACGUCAAGAUGUUUGCUGGUAUGGCUGGCGGGGUUGUCGAAGCAUGUGUGUUGCAGCCCUUGGACGUGACAAAAACUCGUCUACAAUUGGACCGAACGGGCAUGUACAAGGGCAUGUUUCACUGCGGGAAGACAAUCUAUCAAACGGAAGGCGCUGGCGCUCUGUACAAAGGCUUGUCGCCGUUCGUCGUGCACUUGACGCUCAAGUACGCCCUUCGAUUUGGGUCGUUUGCUUGGUUCAAGGAAAUCUUGGGCACCAAGCAAGGAUCAAAGGCAAGUAACCAGGUCAACUUCAUUGCUGGGCUUCUCACGGGAUGCCUCGAGUCCGUCUUAAUCGUCACGCCGUUUGAAGUGAUUAAGACGCGCAUGCAGAAGGAGAUUGGCGUUAGCAAGUUUACAGGCCCCGUCGACUGCGCCCAGCAAAUCAUUCGCCGAGAAGGCGUGACGGCAAUGUGGAAAGGAAAUAUUCCCACGAUGAUUCGACAAGGCAGCAAUCAAGCAUUCAACUUCAUGUCGUUUGCGUGGCUCAAUUCGAACGUGUGGAAGAAAGAAGACGGGGAUGGCAAGCAGCUCGAGAUGUGGAAGACAUUUGUGAACGGGCUCGUGGCCGGGAGUGUCGGCCCAUGCCUGAACUGUCCCAUGGACGUGAUCAAGACGCGGUUGAUGGCGCAAGAGACUGUUGUCGGCGUCGAACCCAAGUACAAGGGCUUCAUCCAUGCGUUCAACCUGAUCGCCAAGGAAGAAGGACACGCCGCGCUGUGGAAAGGCCUUGUGCCGCGGCUGACGCGCAUGGCGCCUGGCCAAGCCAUCACAUGGACAGUCGUCAUGCGGGUCACGGCAUUCUUUGAGAACACGUAGGCGCGGAAUGACCCCGCUUGAAUGUAUUGUAGUACGAACGCCUGGAUUUAUCCUUCUUUUGGCGAAGCCAUUCGAUCGGCGGCACUUGAUCGCACUGAGGAAUCGAUGACUCUCGUACAUGAGACCCAAUAAAAGAGGACGUAACCUUGCGCAGAUCUAAUAUUGCACUCGUUGGGA